AUGUCACAUAAAGUCAAGCUUGACCGCAGAAGCAUCAAGAAGCGGAUACUCCAGCUCGACUGUGCCGGCAAACUGCCUCCUCAGUCCUCACGCCGGCCGGCUGCCAGCAGCCGUCGCGGCCCGUGGCGUGCACCAGAGAGGGGGAGAGGUCGAGUCCGCGUGGCUCAGGCCGGCCAGAAGGUGUGUGGCGACGGCACCGUGGCAGGAGUGCGGAGAAGAGCUCGCCAAACGCGAGCAGCGGAAGGCCGAAGUAAGGAGCUCGCCGUGACACGAUGCCGGGCGGUGGUGGUGGUCUGGCGACUGUGCACACGAGUGGGAAAAGUCAGGCUGCAACAGGGUAGCACGAUGGUAGUGCCCCGCUGCAGCCUGGCCUGA